UCCCAUACAACCGGCAAUACAUGUGUGUGGUGAUGAUCUAGAAAGUUCUUCAACUAGCUAUCUACAGCGUAGAAUUUAGAAAUUGUUUAAUUGUUUACCACGUUGCGAUAUCGAUUGUAAUAUAGGGCUAUGGCUGAUACUGAUAAAACACAAGCUGUCAAGUUGAAGGAUGAGGGCAACAAUGCGCAAAGAGAGGGUCGUUUCCAAGAUGCAGUAGGCAACUACACCGAUGCCAUCAAGCUAGACCCAUCCAAUCAUGUGCUGUACAGCAACCGGUCAGCUGCUUACGCUAACUUAAAACAAUAUGAAAAGGCGUUAGAAGAUGCAGAGACAACUGUCAAACUAAAACCUGACUGGUCUAAGGGUUACUCGAGGAAAGGUACAGCAUUGCAGUUUUUAAAACGUUAUGAAGAUGCAAAGGCAGUUUAUACAGAAGGACUGAAAAUUGAACCCAAUAGUGAUGCUUUUAAAAAAGGCAUUGAAGACUGUGAAACAGAACUAUCAGCUUCAACAGCCGGAGCUAACCCAAUGUCAAAUCCAUUCACCAUGCCUGGAGUUGAAGCGAAACUACUAGCUGAUCCGGACACCAGGGAAUGGUUGAAAGAUCCAUCAUAUCAAAUGUUGUUGGCCUCACUGAAAAAGGAUCCCAAUUCGAUCGGAAUGAGAUUACAAGAUCCGCGGGUUAUGAAAACCCUGAGUGUUCUACUUGGAGUUGAUUUGAAGCUUGCAGCAGAUGCCGACAUGGCCGAUGACACUAAGACAUCAUCAGCCCCAAAGCAACAGAAGCCAAAAGAACCAGAAAAGAUGGAAACAGAAGAGAAGAAUCUAGACCCAAACAAAAAGAAAGCGCUAGAUCUGAAAAACGAAGGCAACGCUGCCUAUAAGAAAAAAGAAUUUGAUACGGCUAUCGAUUUGUACUCGCAAGCUAUUGAGUUGGAUCCUGAAGAGAUGACAUUCUUAACCAACCGUGCUGCUGUUUACUUUGAGAAGAAGGAUUAUGAUGCUUGUCGGAAAGACUGCUUGAAAGCUACUGAAGUUGGAAGAGAAAACAAAGCUCCAUUUAAAAAUAUUGCAAAGGCUUUUGGUAGAAUUGGAAAUGCAUACCUGAAAGAAAAAGACUAUAAAGAGGCCUUAGAAUACUUCAAGAAGUCUUUGACUGAACAUAGGAGUGAUGACAUUUUAAAGAAAAAACAAGAGUGUGAGAGGACUCUGAAAGAACUAGAGCGGAAGGCAUAUAUUAACCCAGAACUGUCAUUGGAAGAAAAAAACAAAGGCAAUGAGUUCUACCAGAAAGCUGAUUUUCCCAAUGCCCUCAAAUGUUACGAUGAGGCGAUUAAACGCAAUCCAGAUGACGCAAAGAUAUAUAGUAAUCGAGCUGCAACAUACAACAAGCUUCUUGAGUUUAACCGGGCUGUCAAAGACGCCGACGAAUGUAUACGGUUAGAUCCACAAUUCAUCAAAGGGUACAUCCAUAAAGGAAGAAACUUAAUGGCUAUGAAACAGUGGGCACAGGCUCAGUCAGCACUGCAGAAAGGGCUUGAUGUGGACAGCAGUAAUCAGGAAGCAAUGAAUAUGCUAAUUACUUGUAGGCAGGAGAUCAAUAAGAAUCCGGAAGAAGUGAAGAAGCGGGCAAUGGCAGAUCCUGAGGUCCAAGCCAUAAUGAGCGAUCCAGGAAUGAGGAUGAUCCUGGAGCAGAUGUCCCAGAAUCCAGGUGCUAUUCAAAAUCACAUGAGCAACCCAGAUAUUGCCAGGAAAUUGUACAAAUUGCAAGAUGCAGGAAUCAUCCAAUUCCGUUGAUGAGAGCAACCAAUGUUUAUCCAGUUUUGUUGAUAGACAGCUCCAAUAAAACCAACAUUUUCUUUAAAGUGUAUUCUCACGAGUUGACAUCAUCAUUUAUAUUGAGCCCACAUUAAUUUUCUAUGACGGUUUUGAAAAAUUGUUUGUGGCUUUGGGAGUCAGUGUCGGUGAUACAUUACCCGGGCUCAUUUAACAUCAAGGCACAUGCAGGAAAUAUUUAAAUAUAAUGUGAUUGGCUGUCUAAUACAGCACUCGGGCUUACAGACAUGCCCAGUGGCUGCAUCAUUGCAAUUUACAUACAGACAUGCCCACUUACAGUUUUAUUGUUUUGUGAUUGGCUGCAAUACAGCACCUCAACUAAUUUACAUAUAGACAAACACACUUACAGUUUUAUUGUUUUGUGAUUGGCUGCAAUACAGCACCUCAACUAAUUUACAUAUAGACAAACCCACUGACAGUUUUAUUGUACUGUGAUUGGCUGCAAUACAGCACCAACUCAUUUACUUGUAGACACGCCCACUGAUAGUUUGAAUGUGCUGUGAUUGGCUGCAGUACAGCACCCCGACUAAUUUUCUUCUAGACAUGCCCACUGACAGUUAGGAUGUACUGUGAUUGGCUGCAAUACAGCACCGACUCAUUUGCAUAUACACACGCCUGCUGACAGUUUUAAUGUACUGUACUGUGAUUGGCUGUAAUACAGCAUCUAAACUAUUUUACAUAUAGACACACCCAUUGACAGUUUAGUUUGACUGCGAUACGGCAACUUAACUCAUUAACAUAUAGACACUUCCACUGUGAGUGUACUGUGAUUGGCUGCAAUACAGCACCUCAACUAAUUUACAUAUAGACGCUCCCACUGGCAGGUUGAAUGUACAGAACUUGGCUGCAAUACAGCACUUUACAUUGACACAUCCAUUGACAGUUUAGAUGUACUGUUCUUGUAGACACGCCCACUAAAAGGUUAACCCGUGAGAAUAGCAUUUUAAACUAUGCUUUGUUGAAUUGAUUGGCAUAUGAUUGAAAUAACAUUCUGGUAUUGGUAUUGAGUAUAAUGGAGCCCAUGUGUUGUCACUAAUCCUUUGUGAAACCAAAAGUACCUCUCGAUCAUCUGGUUGAUAUUUGAGUAUGAAAUAUUAAAUACUAAAAUUCUAGGAGUUUAUGGCAGAUGUAUAUAAUGAAAUAAAGUAGUCCUGAAAUUGAUAAUCUUUCAAUCAUAAGUGAUACUACAGUAUCCUAGGCCCAGUAGCCCCAUAUUCAAUGCAUUUUACAUGAUGUUGAACACGUUUCAGUAAGUUUUCAAAAAUGAAUUGUUCGAUCAUAAAAACUUUUUAAAACAUUUAAACCAAAUUGUUAAUUUGAAAAACAUAUUUAAAUAUGUUAAAAAAAAAAAAAACGUUUCUGGAGUCGUGUGAAGGAUAUUCAAAAUAUGAAUUGUGCGAGAAGUACGAAGGCAGGUUAUGCUGACAAGACUGAAGUACUGUACUGCUAUUUAUAAGAUCAAAUUUCUUAAGCUAUAUACUAAAAAUAUAUUUUAAUUUACAUGCUAUAUUGUUUAAAUUGGCUCUUUAUUAUACACGUUUUCUUUUUUUCUGAUCGUAAUAUGGAUUGCAUUUUAACUCCCAAUAAUAUUCACAAGUGUACUGCACACAAAAUCUCAAUCUCUCUUUUAAUAAGUCUCUUUACAGACUAGUGAUGUUUAUUAACAAAAGCUUGUGUGUAUUAAAGUGCUACUUCUAACUAAACCUACUUUUUUUGCAUAAUAAAAGGUAUUCUAAAAUCCUAUUCUUUAUAUAGCCUUAGAUAUGCUUUAUACGUAAAUUUAUGUUUAUAUUUAUACCACACAACGUGAUUCACCUGGUUCCGGCAUGUACAAUAGGACCAUUGUAAUAAUUUAUUAAAAGUGCAGAGGUAGCAUUUCCUGUCCUAAUCUACUUUUCAAAAGAUGGACCAAUUAUAAAGCAUUGUUAAGUCAGGUGACCUUUAAGUCAUUAUAGGCCUACUUCAUGUUUGUAAAGAAUUUUAUAUUCAAGACGAUACAAAUCGUCUGCAUGACUCAGUGUAUGUUUAACAUGUUCAGGGAUAAAAAAAAAAUAAUGCUGUAGUUUAGUCGGACCUUGUACUUUUAUAUACAUGGCGACUAUGAGAACACAUUGGAAGGCUGGAUUGCUUGUAUGUAUUAUAUUUUUGUUGUACUGCCCACCCUUUAGUCUUUAAAUGUGUGUAUGAUGAUACUGUUAAAUGUUCUGGAAGGAAAGUGACGCAAUUGAAUGUUUAGGAAACGGCUUAUGCUCCCAUUUAAGCUUGUAAUCCAAAUGUUAUUUCCUGAUACAUGUAGUUUAAAAAUACAGAAUAAUAAAAAUUAUUCAUCAUAAUGAGUAACUGAACGUGGUAUUGA